GAAUGCGAUAUCAAUGCGCGACAGGGUCAGUCGUUCUCUCUUUCCUUUAUCAGAACAACAAGAAUGACCCUCUCAUGCCCACUGACUGCACAUGCCAACCUUAUAAGACCCCAAGAGUGGCUUUCGUCUUGAGGUAACCUCCUCGCUUCUACUACACUUUGCGUCUAUCAAAGUGUCAGUUCUCCCAUCUUCACCAUGUCUACCACAACCACCAAGACCACCACGGAGACCAUCCCUCCCACCACUAACGCCCAAUACUAUGGCAAACUCCGCUACAUUCCCCUGGGCGAGACGCCCAAACCUUCUCCCCACAACUUCCAUCUUCCCGAGAUGAAAGAGUUCGGCGACGUCCGUCUCCAGCCUCUAGUCGACAUGCGUCCCGUGCCUACCGUUGCCGACUUACCAAAUGCGAAAGAAGGAACCGCUCAAUUGUCCACGCACGGCUUCGCAGCUGUCCACCAUCCCACCAGCAUGAACUCGGCCCCUUAUACCAUAAACAGCUGGAAGGACCCCAACUUGCUCAAGCAGCACUACGUCCCGGAGACGGAAGAGAUGGUCAGGCAAAUGACAGGCGCCAAAACCGUCCUUACCGAAGCCCUCCUGAUCCGCAGCGCCAUCUGGUCUGAGCAGGACGCCUUAGCAACCCAUGCUGGACAUGGUGAAAAUGAGCCUGAACCCGAGCAGAAAUCACAAGAAGACACAGAUCUCGAACUCGGCUUUCCCCAGUUCAUCGGCUUCUCCAAGAAACAUGGCGGUGCCAGCCCAGCGCCCAAGGUCCACCUUGAUUAUGCGCCCAACGGCGCACGUACGCAUCUCCGCAAGUAUCAUCCAACCAUGACGACUGCGGCCAAGGAGAUCAUAGCCGCCGAGGACAAACUGCUCGCCGAGGGCAAAUCGCUGCGGGAGACGUACGCCGAGUCCAAGCUCGGGCCCCGUUGGGCACUGUUCUCGAUCUGGCGACCUUUGAAACGCGUCCACCGCGAUCCCCUGGCGCUGGGCGAUGCCCGCACCUUCCUCGAGCGUGAUUACGUGCCUGUGAUAGUCAAGACCCCAAAUCUAGGUAUUCCAGGUGAUAUCUCCACACAUAGCACCGAGAGCUAUCUCGCGCACUGGUCGGAGGGUCAGAAGUGGUACUUUGUUCCCAAACAGGAGCCAGAGGAAGUCUUGGUGAUUGGAUUGUUUGAUUCCGAGCGGGAUAAGGAGACUGUCGCCGCGGGAGGUACAUUGCACAGCAGUGUUGAUUUGCCGGGAACUGAGAACGAGGAGCCCAGAGAGAGCGUGGAGUUGAGAUGCUUGGCCAUCUGGGACUAGUGGUCUUCUAACAUGAAACUUUUGAAUGCUUGAUGAAACAUGCACUUCCCGAAUGUUUUGGCCUCUCGUCGAUCGAUGCAUCGGACUGAACAGUGUUCACCUAGUCCUGGAACAGA